GUCAUUAUGAACUUCCAUAAGGACUCUGGGCCAUGGACCACACGACCCCCCACGAGCAGUUGCUGCCUACUAACAGGAAGAGUCCUGAAAACUUCAAAAGUAUCCUACCUGUGAAGAAAAUGUUGAAAUACCGAAGAGGCACCAGUCACCCAAUUCCAGAAAGGCAUACAUGUCACCUAGAUAAGGUGCAAAGCAUGACAGCGACAUCCCUGUGGGACCAAGAUGGCUGCCAGGCUUUCUUGAUCAUGGAUGGUGAAGAUAUACCAGAUUUUUCAAGUUUAAAGGAGGAAACUGCUUACUGGAAGGAACUUUCCUUGAAGUAUAAACAAAGCUUCCAGGAGGCUCGGGAUGAGCUAGUGGAAUUCCAGGAGGGGAGCAGGGAGCUGGAAGCAGAGCUGGAGGCACAGUUAGUACAGGCCGAGCAGAGGAACAGAGACCUGCAAGCUGACAACCAAAGACUGAAGUACGAAGUCGAAGCGUUGAAGGAGAAGCUAGAGCACCAGUACGCGCAGAGCUACAAGCAGGUGUCGGUGCUGGAGGAUGACCUGAGUCAGACCCGGGCCAUAAAGGAGCAGCUGCACAAGUACGUGCGAGAGCUGGAACAGGCCAACGACGACCUGGAGCGCGCCAAGCGGGCAACAAUAGUUUCACUGGAAGACUUUGAACAAAGGCUAAAUCAGGCCAUCGAACGCAAUGCAUUUUUAGAAAGCGAGCUUGACGAAAAGGAAUCCUUGUUGGUGUCUGUCCAACGGUUAAAGGAUGAAGCAAGAGAUUUAAGACAAGAACUGGCAGUCCGGGAAAGACAACAGGAGGUAACCAGAAAGUCGGCCCCCAGUUCUCCGACCCUUGAUUGUGAAAAGAUGGACUCUGCGGUCCAGGCAUCACUUUCUUUGCCAGCCACUCCUGUUGGCAAGGGCACGGAGAACAGUUUUCCUUCACCAAAAGCUAUACCAAACGGUUUUGGUGCCAGUCCGCUCACUCCUUCUGCUCGGAUCUCCGCACUCAACAUAGUGGGGGACCUCUUACGGAAAGUCGGGGCUUUAGAAUCCAAAUUAGCAGCUUGCAGGAAUUUUGCAAAGGACCAAGCAUCGCGGAAAUCCUAUAUUUCAGGGAAUGUUAACUGUGGGGUCAUGAAUAGUAACGGCACGAAGUUCUCUCGAUCAGGACAUACGUCUUUCUUUGACAAAGGGGCAGUAAACGGCUUUGACCCAGCACCGCCGCCUCCUGGUCUGGGCUCCUCGCGCCCGUCGUCAGCACCGGGUAUGCUGCCUCUCAGUGUGUGAGUGCCCGGCCUCCAGGUGGGGGAUCCUGCCCUCCUCCAGCAGCCCAGGACACCCACGCCUCACCCCUCGGUGCCUGGGCCCAGCGUGGGCCCCUGCGUCCGCCUCCCUGUGGCCGGCAGAGGGCAGGCUGCAUGCGGUGGCGGCUGCCGGGCCCCGCCCAGCCCCAGGACUCUGCGCGCUAUCAAUGCUGGCUAUUUUCUCUUCUUGCCGUGGUGCCGUUGGUUUCACAUGAUUGCACUUUUGUGGGUCACAAGGUGAUACGUACGUGUAUUCCUUGGUCACUGGAUGCAGAAGUACCCAUUCGUCACACCUGCCUCAUAGCUCCCACCCUGCUGUACCGAUAGGAUUUAGUUGUGUUUAAGACAUGGCAGACCUUCUAGAAGUUCUCCCCCAGAUCAGGUCAACACGUGCCCUCCUCCUGAGCUCCCGCCCAGGCAUCUUCAGUGCUCACGAUCAUGUGUCCCCCAGACCCACUCCCCACAGUUUGGCCUGUUGCUGGCACAGAGUCAGGAAGGUCACUGAAUUCGGGAACAUUUUCUGCACCUUCUGAUUUUAGUUUAGCAGUUACCAUUCCAUAGACUUGCCUCCUGGAGAGCGAGACGCCCAUCUGAUCCACAGGGAGCAGGAGCCUCUGGGCCGGGGCGCCCACGGUGUGGGGCCUCUGUGCCGUCUCCUCCUCUGUGUGGCUCUGGGUGAGGGCGGGGGCAACCUCCUGGCCAGCUUUCUGGUCCUUGAGUUAAGUGACAUCUUUCAGAGCGUUUUGUUUUGUCCUCUGAGGGCCUGCGCGGUUGUGUUAGGAAAGGUCGCGCGCCCGAGUCGAGGCAGACCGGCCGCCAUGGUGGUUCUGUGCGUCCUUUGGUUCCUCUCAUGCUGCAUUACUGUUUACAUUUGUGUUACUGUACAUAGGUUUGUAAACAUUACCGCCCGAGGUAUUUGUAUAUAACCUGGGCUUUGUAGCUUUUAUUUAUUCAGAAUUCAUAUGGCAUGUUAACGACUGACGCUGUCCGACUUGGGCGGCUGUAUAGGAUCAUCAUGUGGUUACAAGAGAAAACAAGAAAAUACUUCCCCUCAAAAAAAUCUUUUAAUGUGGAAACAAUAAAUUUCACAGAAAACAAA